AUACAAUUACAUAUAAAUAACCUUCAUAGCCGUAUCAUUUCCCUUCAUCCUUACACUUAAAACAAAAAACAUAUAUACUUUGUAAUCCAAAUAUCUACAAAGAUUCAUAACUCUUUCUCUUUGUAAGAGACAAUACAAUGGAUCAUAAUGGUAAUAAGCUUGUAGCUGCUUUGCUGAUGUUCUUGUCAAGCUUCUUGCUGAUGAGGACAUCAAUGGCUGCUAACAACUAUAAUGUCGUUAACUUCGGUGCUAAACCGGACGGUCGUACCGAUUCCACAAAAGCCUUCCUCAGCGCGUGGCAAGCGGCUUGCCGUUCAGCUGCAAGUGUCACAAUAACGGUCCCAAGAGGGAGCUUCUUGUUAAAACCGGUGGAGUUUCGUGGUCCGUGCCGCGGUAGAAUCACGUUUCAGAUCUCUGGAACGCUUGUAGCUCCUUCUGAUUACCGUGGUUUGGGUAAUUCCGGUUAUUGGAUCUUGUUUGUGAAAGUAAACCGGAUCUCGAUCAAUGGAGGAAAAUUAGAUGCUAGAGGUGCUUCUUUUUGGGCUUGUCGAAAAGCAGGAAAGAGUUGUCCUGCUGGAGCCAGAUCGAUGACGUUUAACUGGGCAAACGACGUCGUAGUAAGCGGCCUAACCUCAAUAAACAGCCAAGUAACACAUUUAGUUAUAAACAGCUGCAACAAUGUAAUUGUUCGGAAAGUAAAGCUAGUGGCUCCAGACCAAAGUCCCAACACAGAUGGCCUCCAUGUCCAAGCAUCUACUGGUGUGACCGUAACCGAUAGCACGUUUCAAACAGGAGACGACUGCAUCUCUAUUGGUCCAGGAACUCGUAACCUCUACAUGUCUAAACUCAAUUGCGGUCCAGGGCAUGGGAUCAGUAUUGGGAGUCUAGGGAGAGAUGCUAAUGAAGCUGGAGUACAGAACAUAACGUUGAUAAACUCUGUUUUUUCGGGUUCGGAUAAUGGUGUUCGGAUCAAGACAUGGGCUAGACAAAGCACAGGUUUUGUGAGAAACGUUUUGUUUCAGAAUCUGGUCAUGAAAAACGUUCAGAAUCCAAUCAUUGUUGAUCAGAAUUAUUGUCCCACUCAUCAAGGUUGUCCUAAACAGGGCUCUGGUGUGAAGAUUAGCCAGGUUGUUUAUAGAAACAUUCAAGGGACGUCUCGAACACAACAAGCUUUAACGUUUGAUUGCAGUCGUAGUAAUCCAUGCCAAGCAAUUAAAUUGCACGACAUUAAGCUAACGUUCAACGGACGGUCGGCUACCUCUACGUGUAAGAAUAUUAAGGGAGUUAAGGCUGGUGUGGUAAUGCCACAAGGUUGUCUUUGAUUUCAUGAAUUCAAAGGGCCACAACAACAACCAUCAUAGGCGCAAGAGUAUUAUGUUGCGUCCGCGAUCGAGUUGUUCUGUUUUGCGUCUAAGUAUGUAUGUAUGUAUAUUGUGGAAGUUUAAUUUGUACUCUUUUCUGUAAAAAGUAUUAAUAUGAAAUGAUAAAAAUGAAUGAAAUUAUAGAUUA